CUUACAAGUACUGAAUCCUAAGGGUGUCCAUGUAGAAAAGCGCGUAGAAAAGUAAGAAAGGGUGUCUUUCAUUUUUCAAGAAGCGUUGGAAAUUUUUCCCUGCAGGUAAACUUAAAAGGCUUUUUUGAGACGACUACUUAUCUACGAAGCAAUUGAGCGAAACCAAAGCCUUUUGCAUGAAAGUUACUUUUAAGGCAACAGUUUCUUAUUCAUUAGAAGGAAGAAAAACUGCAACUACAGACGGAGAAACCAGAUGCUAGAGGUGUAUUGAAAAUAAUUACCAUGAAAGCUACAGAAUGGGUUAUGAAGCUCCGUGAAAAACGAGAACGUCUAAGGCGGCAGGAACAACAAGGCCGGUAUGCUACGGACAAUGAAGAAAACAGAGAAGAUGCUAUUGAGUCGUUGAUGUUUUCGGAAGCUCGACAUGGCGAAGUAUACGGUAUCGAAGGAAUGAGUUGUUCAGGAAAGACAGAGUUAUUGUAUCACCUUGCAGGAAAUGCCGUGAUAAAAUCACCGGAGACACUGAUUUUGGUCAUUAACAGCGAGUGGGACUGGGAUCAAGAACGGUUGAUUCAAGUCGUGCAUGAAAAGCUGUUGCGGAAAGGAAAGCAGUCUGGUAUAUGUGGAUGCGGUCAAGAAAUAGUAGACCCUUUUUCAUCGCAGGUGUCCUCGUCAUCGAGCGACGGGAUUGAAGGAACCGUGCUCGAACCAGAAUUAAAGGAAGGUUUGCACGAACCCAUAGAGCCGAGGAUGGCCGAAAAAGGAAAAUGCGCAAUAUGGAAACAUGCACGCGAGAUUUUACAAAAUCAAAGUGUGAUGGUGUGGCCUGCAGAAUUUGAAGCGUGUUUAGAGAAUGUUCCAAGCAACGCGGAAGAACUUGUAGCGAUAUGGAAGCGUUUACAGAAUCAACGGAAAGAGCAUGUGCCGCUGCAAUUUCGAGAAGAAAAGAUUCUUCCCGACCACAGCGAGCCAGAAGCGGCUGAUCAAGGAAGAAUUCCGUUGCCAGAUAAAUUAGCCGACAUGCACCUGGCGUAUGUGUUUAUAGAUGGGUUGUCGACAUUUUAUUGGCAACUACGAUUGGAACGAAGCUACGGCAAGCGAUAUGCCCAACUAGAUCGCAAACUGAGGACUGCAUCGAAAAUGCUGGGCUGUCGAGUGGUAUGUACAAAUUGGUGUUUGAAUGCAAAAGCCCAUUUGCCAAUCACUUAUGAAGCGUUUCGAACAGAGCGGCGAGCACACAGCCGAUUUUAUUUAGAGCAUCGACGCACCAAACUGGGCUGUUUAUUUUUCUCAGGCGCUAAAGGGUUAACGUAUCGCAAAGAGGACGAGGAUUCACAAAAAGAACAGCGACAAUGAGGAACGAUGUUUGGUAAGGUACAGCAAAUUGGAUUCAUAAUCAUGAUGUGAAGAUGUAGCAGCAACAACAUACCUGAACAGGAAUGGAAUGAUUUGAGGAUGAUGAAGAAUGUAUCGCAUCAGUAUGAUUGAAUUGAAAUUACCCUCAAGGUUAGAAGGAAGCGAAGGGAGCUAUUCUCAAUCACAAUCCUGAUUUUUUUUUUUUGAAUUGUUUAUCCCAGUCUAUUUUUCUUUUCUAACCCUAUUCUCCUUGUCCUUCCCCUUCCCUUGCUGUCUCUAUUCAAGGAUUUCCCUUUUCUUGCUUCUAUCGUCAAAGAAUGUACUUUGUUAUAUUGAGGCAACGAGUCGGUAUCCUAGACGAAAGGUAUUCUUAUUUCGAGGGAGAGCUCGCUAAGAAGAAGCCAAUAAUAACGUCGUUUGUGUGUCAUCGCGCAUAAACCUAUCAAGGGAACUUAGGGACGUCGGCACGGAGGUUUGUUAAAAGCGGUGUCAUAGGGAAAGAGUUCGUAUGACUGAGGAAGUCGAGAGGGAAAACACAAACAAAAAAGGUGGGAGGAGUAAAAAGGAGGGGUUAAGACAAUAAAAAAAGAUGAAAAGGAAAGAAAAAGGGUAGGAAAACAGAGAAACAAAUUAAAAGGAAAUUUUUCAAAGAGUUCCCUUCUACUUUUAUUCUUACGUCGAGCCAAGGUCAGCAAUUUUUGUCAUAUUAUAAUUCUGUCCUCUUUAGUGCGCAAAACUGGACAUGUCUACUUUUGCAUGGCUGACGCGAACCACACCUUAUUUGGUUUCGCUUCUGUUUUGUCUGGUUCGUUCGUUAUUCGUCAAAAACGAUCUAAACACGCGAUUUCGACGUAGAAUUUGUCCUGUUCCACCAAAACCUGCGUCCCUUUGACAUCAUGCUCGACUUUGUUUCUCUGCAUUUAGGUUUACUUGGCAUAUGAUAUCAAAGUUGCUUGGUGCUUCCGGAACACAUAGCUGCGAUUCAUGACGAUUUGUUCAGUAAAGCAGUUGCGUCACGAUGACUUACUCUAUCUUUGUGAAGUUAUUAAAACGUUGCUCUUCCCAGCCCCCUUUUGCUUCUUUACGCUUAUCCUUGACUCCUAAAGAGACCAAAAAUUUAAUCCUUU